AUGACCAACUUCUUCGGCGUCGGCAAGGUCCUCCCAACCCAUCGACUCUGGCACUCACCCUACGGCGGUCCAUACCAGUCCACGAUGGAGCAGGCAAUCAAGCUCCUGUCGGGCCCACCCGAAGCGUCAGAUGCAAACCCCAACGCCUCGACUACACCCACCCCCCUGACAUACUCGACCGACGGCCAGGACGAGCACCUAGCUCCGGCAUCGUACUCAGCCAACCGCAACUCCUGGGUGCAUGUAUUCCCCGAGGCGUGCUGCCACCAAAAUCAGGAGAGCACGUUGCGAUACUUCAAAUGGGGUGUGUCGCGCAUGAUUCUCGAAAGCGAGCCGGCCCCGGACUUCGUCCCUAUGUUCAUCCACGGGACGCAAAACGUCAUGCCCGACGAUAGGGGGUGGCCGCGCUGGUUGCCGCGUGCCGGCAACCGCAUCCGCAUUGCAUUUGGUGACCCCACAAACGUCGACGUCGUCUUCGGCCGCCAUCGCGCCGAGUGGAGACGUUUGGUUGAGCAACAAGCUGGAGACUUGGACUCCCUGAGAGACCACCCGAAGGCGGUGCAGCUGAGAAUCGACGUGGCCAAGUCGGCCAGAGAUGAGGUCGAGAAGCUUAGGGAGAAGAUGGGCCUGCCUGCUGAGGAGGACGACACGGCUGCUCUGGCUGAGACUUGGGCCAAGGAGCCUAACAAGCGCAGAUUCAAGAGUCCUGUCGAUGGAAGUCUGGUCAACAGACACUAA